CAAAAUGAAACAAAUUAAAAAUGUCAAAUCAAAAUGCUCUGUGGAUAAAAUGUUUGUUUUGUAAUCUAAUCUAAACUGAACAAUUAAAUAUGUACAAUUAAAAUAUCUAUGUUUUAAUCAGACAGAAUGUCUUGCAAUUACGCCGACGGAUUAUCUCCGUAUGAAAAUAAAGGAAUCCUAGGAGUUCCAGAGAAAUUUGACUCGUUGGAGAAGUUUAACAAAAAAUGUGAACUUUUAGCUCAAUUAAUAGAUCAAGCAAAACAUGUGGUAGUACAUACUGGGGCCGGCAUCAGUACUUCAGCAGGAAUACCAGAUUUUAGAGGCCCCAAUGGAGUAUGGACCUUAGAAAAAGAAGGCAAAAAACCAGCAACAAACAUUUCCUUUACCGAUGCAGUGCCAACAAAGACGCACAUGAUUCUCAAGAAGCUAGUAGAAUGUAACAAAGUACAUUACAUAGUCAGCCAGAACAUUGAUGGCUUGCAUCUAAAGUCUGGACUCUCUAGGAAGCAUCUGGCCGAGUUACAUGGCAAUAUGUUCAUUGAUGAAUGUAAUUUGUGUAAGAGGCAAUUUGUGCGAAGUAGUCCCGUAGAGACAGUGGGCAAGAAAUGCAGUGGAGUACCAUGUGCAGCGGAACAUGUGACAGGCAGACCGUGCAGAGGACGACUGUAUGACGGAGUACUGGACUGGGAACAUAGUCUGCCAGAGAAUGAUCUCACUAUGGCGGAAUGGCAUUCUAGUAUUGCCGACUUGAGUAUAUGCUUAGGAACAACUCUUCAAAUUAUACCCAGUGGCAACUUGCCUUUAGAGACAGUGAAGUAUGAUGGGAAACUAGUCAUUUGUAAUUUACAGCCUACAAAACAUGAUAACAAAGCAGAUCUUAUAAUCAACUACUAUGUAGAUGAUGUACUAGAAAAAGUUAUGAACAUACUCAACAUAGAUAUACCAACUUACAAUGAAGAUGACAACCCUAUAAAAAGGGCUGACACAGCAAUCAUAGACUGGACAAUCGAUAGACGCGAUGUCCUAGCCCUAGAAAAAAAAUACAAAGCAAAAUGCAAAGGAGUAAAGAAAAAAAGGAUUUUAAUUAAAAAUAAACGUAACAGUACCGAGAUUAACGCGGAAAAUGGUGUCAGUGAUGAUAAAUCAAAGAUAAUUAAGUUAGACAUUAAGGAAGAGCAAAAUGGGGAUUUAGAAGAUAAGCCUGAAGCAGAUGCAAGUGUAAAUGGCCAGUGACGCGUGGUGGUAAAUAAAAAAAAUAUGAACCAUUACCAAACUACUUGGUUUACAUAAUAUAGUCUGUGGACAAAUAAAGACAGGACAAAGAUGUAAAUCUGUUAGAUAUAUAAGUGUAAAUUCACAAAGAAUGUUAAAUAUUAAGGAUAUUUGAUUAUUUUUACAUGAAGGAUGUAUUUUCUUAUUUGAAUUAGAAUUCAAGCAUGUUUUACUGAAACCAAUUUUAUCAAUACUUAAGUACAAAGUCAUUCCACAAUGUAUUACUUAUUAUUAAUGUUGAUACAAUGAAGCCUGAAGUGAACAAAAUGUAUGUAUGAACAAUGCCUAUAAUACUACCAAUUUAUCAUUUUUAUAAGAAAUGAAACACUGAUUGUAAUAAAAUAAAUAAUU